AUGACGACCGCCCUUCGACUUUCCGCCUCCGCCACAGCUUUCACCUUCCUCGAUAGAAAGUUGGAAGCGCCCGAUGCGAGGGCGGUCGCGACGCUAUCGAACCCGACUACCAGUGCCAACCUCUCGGGUGAAUCAUUGCCAUACUGGCUGGUCAACGUCCCCCGGGACAGAUGGCCGGUAGAGUGUCCCAGCUUUCUCCGCGACACCGGCGAAAAGAAUAUCCAAAUUCUAUCGACCCCUGACGAGCAAUAUAAGAGACAAGGAUGGGAACUAGUGAAGGAGAUCGUCAAAACCAAUCAAAUCGAUCGUUUUCAACGCCUUCCCAGUGAUCUGAGAAAGUAUCUCGAGUACAAGGAAUGGAUCAUCGCCGAGUACGGAUCGAUCAUGCGAUUUGUUGUCAAGGAACGACUGCGCUGGGGAGAAGGCCGUCCCGACGACCUUAAGCCAAAAGGGCGUCCGUUUGAGUUUGAUGAGGAUAUCCGAAUCUUAUAUAACGAUUGGCCAUAUGGUGUCGAGAAAGAUAUCAUUCAUCUCGUGGUGUGGACAAAGUUCGAGCUGGAAGAUGACCCAGCGACGGAUGAUCUUACACCGCAAGCCAGACAAGAAAUUUAUGACUAUGUGAGGAUGACGUUUUGCUCGCGAAUACCAUCGGAGAGGGUCAUCUGGUUCAAGAACUGGAAGUCUCUCAAAUCGGUACAUGCGGUGGAACAUUUUCAUGUUAUGUUGUAUAGACCGGAUCCGGAAUUCUUGAGGGAAAUCACUAGAGGAGAUGUGCCGAUGAUUGCGAGGAUGUGA